AUGUCUAAUAUAAUUUCUCUUUAUUAUCUUUUUCAGUUUGUUAUUUUUCUCUAUAUUAUUCCAAUUUAUAUUACUAUUGAAACUACAAUAAAAAUUGUUUUUCUCAACGGUUUAAAUGUAAUUCGUUGUUCAGAUCAUCAAGUACAAGUAUAUAAAUUACCAUAUUAUACUGGAGUAACAUUCAACAGUAUAAUAACAUGUGAUACAAAAGAUGAAAUCUAUUCUCCACAAUAUACUGGUUUUAAAUGGGGUAAAUUAAAACUUAUUUGUUCUUCGCAUGGUACUAAAGUACAGGAAGAACAAGUUAUUAUAAAAUCCAAAAAUGGUGAUAUUCAAGAUAUUCCUUCUGCUAAAGGUCAAUUAGGUCAAUCGACAGAAUUGUACGAGUUAAUAGUCAAAUCUAGUCUUAUUUCUGACACCAGAAUAGUAUCAAGGGAACAACCAGCAGAUGAUGCAUAUUUUGAUGAAAAUACUACACCAAAAGAAAGAAGAAUUUACAUAUGGUUUCCAGAUCAUCCAAUUAUUUGUCGAAUAAUAUUUACUGGUGAUGAAAAUAAUCCAUGUCCUUCAAUGCAUAAUCAAGAGAUCGAUGAUGUUGAUUAUGCAUGUUAUUAUAAUCCAGGUGCUGAUGGACUACCAACGAAAGAACAAAUGGAAGCUGAAUUAAAACAAAUAGAAGAAACAGAUGAUAAACCAACUACUGUUGCAGCAUAUUUUCGUAUGUAUAUUCGUAUUCCAUCACGUCGUAAACGCAAAGAUAAUACUUCAAUUGAUUCUGCUGAAAUUUAUGAUGAUGAAUUAAACGAUCAAACAAACAACUCAUCAUAUCAUAACACUCCUCAUCCUAUAAACUCAUCAAAAUCAAAGGAAAAACAUGAUAUACUAAAGAUUAUUGGACUGAUAUUUGGAAUCAUUCUACUUAUUGGUCUCAUUGGUGGUGUUAGUUAUUUUCUCAUUCGAAAACAUUACUUUAAGAAGUCUUCAUCAUCAACAAUGAACAUUGAAAACGAUGGAAAAGAUUCAUAUUCUCUUAGUACAAAUCAAAGUCAACAAUCAUUAACUGUAACAUCAACAAAUGAAACAAAUACACAUGUACCUAUGAAUGUGUCGCCACAAGAAGAACAAACUUUUGCUAGAUUACAACCACCCGAUAGAAAUAAACGACAAAGAACUGAUACUAGUAAUCUGAUUGUAAAUGCUUUAAUCUAUUCAGAUAAUUGUUUAAGGACACUUAACUCAAUACUUGAAAAAAAUAAGAUCAUGAAUUAUUUGUUAUUCAUUUCGUGUCUAUUUGCUGUCUGUUUGGCUGCUACUUAUGGUCAAUUCUUUUUUCCAACAACUGGCCGAACAACUGCUCGUCAUACGGGAACAACUGGUCGUCCAACUGGUACAACUCCAAGUAGUGCAUUAUCAUGCGUUUGUUCAUGCUGUUCUGGUUUCCGUUGUAAACCAAUGUUUCUUCAAUCAUUCAUUGAUACAACAUGCACAACAAAAGCAUGCAAAGACAAAUGCAAAGUAUUCGAACCAAAACAUUGCGAUCAUACACUUAUGGGUAGCAAUGAUGCUUAUUGUACUGUUCUACACUAA